AUGUCGUCGUACAAGCCCGCGUCAGCAUCCAAGCCCAAGGAGCCAUUCUGGCUUGGAGGGGCAGCCGCAUCCAUGGCCGUCUGCUUCAGCCUGUCAGCAUCCAUUCUCCGCCAAUCCACAUACUCGACAACAAGAUUUGGCCUGUACAACAUCAUUGCAGAAAAGGCAAAGCGGUAUUACGGGCAGGAGAAGUUGUCAAUGGCAGCCACCAUCACCUGUGCUGGACUGGCGGGAGGCCUUGCAGGUCUGGUCGGCAACCCUGCCGAGAUUGUUCUCGUGCGCAUGUGCGCCGACGGCGCAAAGCCCGCCGCGCAACGAUUCACUUACUCCAACGGCUUCCAUGGCCUGUACCGAGUUGCCCUCGAUGAGGGCCUUUCGACCUUUAGCCGGGGUGUCGGCGCAAAUAUCACCCGAAGCGUGCUGAUGAACGUCGGGCAAAUCGCAACGUACGCUAAGACAAAGCAGCAUCUCGUGGGGACAUUCGGGAUGAAGGACGACGUCGGCACACACACUCUCGCAUCACUGAGUGCCGGUACUGUAGCGACCACCAUCUGUGCGCCUGCCGACGUCCUCAAGAGCAGAGUUCAGAGCGCGACAGCCUCGGGAGCUGAUGGUGGCAUUAUUCAGAUCGUCAAGAAGAGUCUCACGGAGGAAGGUCCUCGAUUCCUCAUGAAGGGCUGGCUGCCGGCCUGGUUGCGUCUCACACCACACACAGUGCUCACAUUUGUGUUCAUGGAGCAGUUGCGCAAUCUGACACAGUGGAGAAUGCCGGCAACAGAGGCCAUGAUCCCGGCUGGUACGCCUGUCGCGGCCAAGGCAGAGUCGCGAUGA